AUGUGGCGUUCUACCAGCGGCUUGGCCUUAUUGCCCAAGCUGCUCUUGUUGAUCUUGAUCUGCAGUCUGUGUUAUGCAAAUAAGCUGAGACCGGUCGGCUUGGAAUUCAGACCUCGCUCGGAGCACGCUCUCUCGUUGCGUUCCAUUCAGUUUGAUGAACACACUGCAAACACAUCACUGGUGAAUAUGGAUGAUGCGAAUACGAAUUCCGCCAUAUCUUUGGCAAUCGUGUUCGAUUCCACGGGGUCCAUGGGAAACGAUCUUAAGCAAGUGAAGAUCGGCGCUCGAAGAAUACUUCAAAGGCACAUGCAGCGCGGUGAGGCUAACUACAUCAAAGACUUUGUGUUAGUCAAAGUUCACGAUCCAGACGUCGGACCUGCUCGUGUAACAACAUCGACAAAGACAUUCUAUCAGUACCUGGACUCCGUCUACACACAAGGUGGUGGUGAUUGUCCGGAAAUGACUGUUACCGGUAUCGAACUGGCGCUUGAAGCCUCAAGACCCAAUUCGUUGAUCUACGUUUUUACCGAUAGUAGCGCCAAAGAUUACAAUCGCACAAACAAUGUACUGAAUUUGAUUCAACAGAAACAAAGUCAAGUUGUUUUUGUGCUAACUGGUUUUUGUAACACAACAGAGGAGCCCGGAUUUGAAGCAUAUCGUCAGAUCGCGACGGUUAGUUCUGGACAACUCUACAUCAUUGGCAAAGGUCAAGUGAAUGAAUUCAUGCAGGUCGUCGAAGCCGCUGUUGAGGCACGCAAAGUUCACAUUCUUCAACAAGAUACUUGGGGAGAAUCUGCUAAAGUGUACAGUUUCCCGGUAGACUCACACCUCACACAACUCACGGUCCAAGUAACCAAUCACAAACGAGGACAAGCGAUCGACGUGCGUAUACGAAAUCCAGAAAAAAAGCUAAUUGGUCCAGAAGAUGGCCUCAAGCGGCUGAUGAAAGCAGUGUCUUCAGUAUUUGUUGGCUCAAUCGAUCGACCUUCUCCUGGCGAAUGGACUCUGGAAAUCAGCAUGAGACCCAAAGAUGCUUCGGACGCAAUAGUGCUGGAGGAACACGAACCCGAUGGAGAAGGUCAACAGUGGUUCUCGGUUCGCGUCUCUGGUAUUAGUGACGUGGAUUUUUUGCAAGGAUUCAGCACAACUUCUCAAGAAUACAAUCAUGGGGCAUCACGACAACCAAUUGCUGGUGUGAAAAACUUCAUCAUGGUUAACAUGACUGGACGAUUUCAUCCGGGCCGUAUCGACUACUUUGAUAUGAGAUUACCAAAUGGGACUUCCGUUGCUCGUUUGCCAGUGAAGCAAACUGGAAACACACAGAUUUAUGUCAGUCAACAUGUUAUGGACUUUCUUUCAGGGCAUGCCUAUCUACAGGUCUCUGGUCGAGAUGGCCAAGGUUUUCCAUUUCAACGCUAUUCAAAAGUAGCUCUCUCGGGACGUAAACCUAGGCCAAUAGUGAUCACAUGCCCAGCCAAGGUGGAGCUACAACGUGGUGCUACGGCGCAGCUUUCAUGUGCAGUGAACAGUGAAAUUCCGUUUACAAUCAAAUGGUACAAGGAUGGAAAGUCAUUAGCUGGGUUCGCAGACGAACACACUGUAUACAACUUCGCCACAACCGUGCAGUACACCAUCGCGGAUGUAAACGAAGAUUCCCAGGGAAUUUAUGCUGCAGAAGUCCAACCGACGGUAACUGAAACCGAUUUGCAAAUCGAAGGAGAGUAUAAGGACGAAGUUGCUGUGGUGGUUCUCCCCCCGCCUCCCCGCGUGCUAAUCCCUCGGAACACCAGCGUUGAGCCCGGUUUUGAUGCUACUUUAUCAUGCAGUGUGUUCAGCAUGGACGACGCAGUUAACAUUAGGUGGUUCCGUGGACUGGAUCCACCAUUUGAAUUGAAAGAUGGUCGUCGGUAUCGCAUCGAGUCAACACAGGAGACGGCUUUCGGUGGUCAAACGCAGGCUUUGACAAGCAAACUGACGGUAAUCUCAGCUACGAAGAGCGACGUUGGCAAGUAUAUUUGUCAAGCAGAGCACAAAGGUGGUUCAAGCGAGGCGGAAGGAUUUUUGCAUAUACACACUAUUCCCCAACUUCGAGUGGACAGUGAUACGGUAAGUUUCAAGGAAGGAACUGGACUUGUGCUCACAUGCCUUGCUGAAGGUUCCCCACAGCCAAAGAUAAUUUGGUUGUACAACAAAGUGCCCAUAUCGAUCAGUGGCCCAGACCCAUCUCGAGUUACUAUACACGAUGAUUUCCUGGAAUCGCGUUUGAUCAUACAGCCAGCUAAAGAGGCUGAUGCCGGACAGUACACUUGUGUGGCAUCUAACUCCGCAGGGAACACGAGCCUAACAAUCAGUGCGAACUUUAUUGCGCCGCCCCAGAUCGAUAAACUGGAGAUGUCAAGCACCACUCCAGUGGAGGGGAAACCGCUCACGAUAACGUGCCACGUGUCCGGCAUGCCAAAGCCCAGAGUCCGGUGGGACUUCAACGGCAGUCCGGUCACUGCUGACUCCAAAAUCCGCAUAGAUGAAGAGCAAGGGCAAUUGGAAUUGCUGCUAGUCGAACAGAGGAUGAAUGGCGAAUGGACUUGUCUGGCUGAAAAUGACGCAGGUUCAAGCAGAAAGUCAAUCUCCUUGGAAGUGGGCUACCCACCAAAGCUUCGAACAGAUACUGGAGUUCAUACCACUGUUCUAGCUGAAUUCUCCAUGGACACUGUGCUUACUUGUCCAGUCCAGGGUCAACCUGCGCCUACUGUCAAGUGGUAUCGAGCUACUCCAAGCGGAAAUCUGCCUCUUCAAAUGGGAGACAGAUACAGACUACAGGCAGAUAACUCUUUGUCCAUUCGAGGUGUGAAUAUGGAGGACGGUGGAACUUUCAUUUGCGAGGCAGCCAACAUGUACGGGAAAUUCAGUCACACAAUCACCGUAGAUAUUGGAGGGACGAAGUCACCGUCAAUUUCGUUCUCACAACCCAAACAAGUCGCACUGAUCGGCGUCUUGGAGAAGCGAUUAACGUGCAAUGUGAUGGAAGCUAAGCCUGCAGCCACUGUUAUGUGGUUGAAGGACAACCAACCGAUUGAUUUCAGGAGCUCUGAAAAGUACUUAUUGGAUAAAUAUGACCUUGUCAUCAACGACAUAACGGCUGAUGACGAAGGAAUCUACACCUGUAUUGCACGGAACGUUGUCGGAAAAGCCAAAUUCGAUAUUGAGCUGGAUAUUCAAUCCAAACCGGUGUUCCAAGAUCCACGAACCGGACAACGAAUCGAUGUGACACAAGGGGAUAAUCUAAUUCUCGAAUGCCAAGUGGAAGGAGACCCGAAACCUAUUGUGGAGUGGAGAAAGGAUGGUAGGCAAAUUCUACCUCACUCACCUGGCACCGCGGCUGAGCACGGGUUUGCUUCCUCAAAUGGGAUUGGUAGUCCUACAGUUGUCGUAUCCCAUGAUGGAUACAGGUUGACCAUCUAUUCUGUCACUGAAGCCAUGACAGGCAGCUUCACUUGUUCCGCAAAGAACAGUCAUUCGGUGGAGACGAAAGAGUUCCAGGUUUCUGUCAAGACGCCACCGGUCAUAUCAAAAGACGGACCAUCAGAAUUUGAAUUUGGCCAACAAGAAUUUGCUUUGCUGAGUUGUUCCGUGAUCACCGGCCAACCAUUGGCCAAGGUCAGUUGGUUCAAAAAUGGACAGCCGUUGGCCACCAUCCCGGGUCGAGUCACGCUAUUGGAUGAUGGGUACACAUUGGAAGUUCGUGGGCAGGAAGAGUCAGACUCCGGAUCGUAUGAAUGUCGGGUGGAAAAUGAAGCUGGUUACGAUUCCCGAUUCUAUCAAGUCACUGUUCUUGUGCCACCCACAGUGACUAGCGGGGAGCUGUACAAACGCCGUCUAGUCCACUCAGGGGAGCGUAUCGAUUUGCAGUGUGGUAUGACUGGGUACCCGGAACCCAAAAUCACCUGGCAGUGGAAUGGACAACCUCUCUCUGGGAAGCAUUCCGUUAAAGAAGGCGUUGCGUCUGGCCUUGGCAUUCAGCUAAUCCCCAAGAGUCCGGAACAGACAGACUUGCUUAUUCAAGAAAUGAGUUCGACCCUCCAGGGCAAUUACACAUGCAUCGGUAUUAACAAAGGAGGCUCAACGGCGCUAACGUAUGAGCUACUUAUUCUUGAAAAACCAAGCAUCGACAGCUUUAACGAAAAAGCUGUGGUCUUUGUAAAUAAUACGAUCACCUUAACGUGCGAGGCUACAGGCAGUCCUCCACCAAUGAUAAGGUGGUUCUUUAAAGGACAACCCCUGCAGGCAGACAAAGGCGUUGGAGGAUAUCGGCUUGUUGGUCCGAAAAACUUGAUGCUACUCUCUGCCAGGCCGCAUCAGGGAGGUGAAUACACGUGUGUGGCGGAGAACGAAGCUGGUUCUACUAAAGCGACGACAAUUUUGACCGUGUUCGAGCCAACGGACGAGAGGCAGAUGCCACACAAUUUAACGAUAAAAACCACUCCGGUCGGUGGGAACAUUACCUUCACUUGUGUCAUGAGCUCCAAUCCUCCGGCGGUAAUCAAAUGGCUCAAAGAUGAGAAGGAUAUUUAUAGCAUGUUACCUCAGGAUCGAUUCACCAUCAGUCCGGAUGGCUCGACCUUGACUCUGUUCAGUGUACACCUGGAAGAUCAGGGCGAAUUUAAAUGCGUGGCUGUCAACAUUCCCGGAUCUUGGAACUAUCGUUACACACUGGAAGUUACUUCUUCCCCGGGAAUUCUGCGGCAUUCAUCAACCAGUCCUCAAGUCGAUGUAAACGAAGGGUCGGAAUUACGACUCCAAUGCUUGGCAACGGCUAAUCCUGAGCCGGUUUAUCAAUGGCUCAAGGAUGACACACCGCUUACACUGCGUGUGCUCGCAUUGGGAGAAGAAGCCAUCGAUGUGAAUACCUUGCGCUCAAACACGACCGCUGUGAGCAGUCGAUUCUCCCUUCACGAUAACGGUCGUCUGUUGAUUGUGCGAAACAUUCAAGCCAACGAAUUCGGUCGAUACACGUGCAUUGCGAGUAACCCGGUUGGAGAGGAUCGGCUGGAUAUCGCUGUCACAGUGUCAUCUGCUCCAAGCUUCGCCGAUGACAGGGACCAUGAAUCUCCCAUGUUUGAGCGCGGCAAACCAUACGAGCUCUGGUGCAAUGCGACAGGGCAUCCGACUCCAACUGUCCAUUGGGAAUAUGACCUUCCCGUCAGCGGUCCAGGAGAUCGGAACAUUGAAGAACGACAAAAUGGUCAUCAGCUAUACUUCCCGAACGUGGACUACGGUGUGAUCACACGAUACUCCUGCAUCGCAAAGAAUAAAGCCGGUGAAAUCAGGAGGGUUUUUGAUCCUACUCUUGUGUAUGCCCCAGUCAUUAUUGGACCUGAAGGGAAAAACCCACGUCCAGUGGUCGAGGACGCAAGCACUCGCUUGUUCUGCGACUGGGAAGCGUCACCACGAGCUCAAGUGGAAUGGUUCAAAGACGGCGAAAUUAUAGAGCCGACUCGUUUCCCUCGAGCCAACAUUUCCACCACCGGCACUCAGCUUCAUCUGGCCAACGUGCAGGGAUCGGAUGCGGGCAAUUACCGUUGCGUGGUUAGCAAUGAGUUUGGUAAGGCAAAGCGACAAUGGACUGUUGAAGUGAUGUCACCCCCUACCAUCCGAUUUUCCACUCCGGAGGGAGAACAAACCGUUUCUCUUGGAUCCAGUUUGGCUUUGUUCUGUGUUGCCUCUGGACACCCGCCACCAAAAAUCACGUGGACACGUGAUGGUAAACCGAUUGAUGCAAAUCGAUUUGUAAUAAGCGAGGAUCAAGUACACCUGCGGCUCCCCGAAGUUAAGGAACAUGACAGUGGUCGAUAUGCUUGUCUUAUAAGCAGCGAAUAUGGACAAGCUUCGAGAACGUUCGACGUGAAAAUCACAUUUGCACCUCGUCUGGAGAGUGAUGGUCAAUUACAAUACAGUCUGGAAAGAACAGUGGGUGGAAGCGCCCUGUUUGAAUGCCUCGUUUCCGGAAAUCCCAGACCAAAAAUCACAUGGUAUAAGGAUGGCGUUGCGCUUGAGCAGCUCCCUUACCGCUAUCGCCUCAUUAAUCAAGAUCGUCAGUUAGAAAUUAUAGCCAUGCAACCAUCGGAUGCUGGACGGUACCGAUGUGUGGCCCGAAAUGCUUUUGGUCAACUUGAAAUCAACACAGAUGUUGUGGUCGGCGCUCCAGCUCGUAUCGAUCGUGGACGUGUCCGUACCGAAUACACGAUACGUGAAGGUGACGAACUGGUCCUCGCUUGCCCGGCCAGUGGUUCCCCUACCCCGAGGAUUCAAUUCACACGAACCAGCGAGCGCGGUGAUUUGGAAGAAUCUGACAAGAGCAUGCCGAGACAUGCAAUUGCCUCACAGGAGCGGCAGACGUUAACUUUGUUCCGAACGACAAAACAGGAUACCGGCACUUAUCAAUGCAACGCAAGCAACGCGGUUGGCUGGGACAUCAUGGAGUACGUGGUGCGCGUUCGAGUUCCACCGGCCUUCGAUACCUCGAACGUACAGCCAGAGGUCCACUGGUUCGUCAACCAAACGAGGGCUUUGGAUUGCACGCUUAUGGACGGUGUCGAUCCACCACCCCAGAUCAAAUGGGAACGCCACGGCUCCCCAGUGACAUCCGGCCCUGACGUUCAGAUUUCUGCGGACGGCAGUAGACUCACUGUGCCACUGGUUCAGCCUCGAGACGCUGGCGAAUAUGUGUGCCACGCGCAGAAUGAGGUUGGAAAAUCCACGCAGAUAUUCAAUGUGUUAGUAUACGUGAGACCCAAAUUUAUUGAUCCAAUUCGACGAACCCACAUACAAGCCAUUCAAAAUGAAACGAUACAACUGACUUGCGAGGCUACCGGGGAGCCUCGACCUCGGUUUGCUUGGUUCAAACGCGACGUGGAGAUAUUACGUCCGAAAGUGGGUUCACCGCUGCAGUACUCUGGAUCCGAUAGAUCAAGCAUUGCUAUUCUGAGCGGUGAUCAAAUAUUACAAAUCUCCAACAUACAGCUUGAUGACAAAGGCGAAUACACAUGUACUGCUAGUAACGGUGGUGGUACGAUUGAGAAAAAGUUUAACGUCACAGUAGUAGUACCACCAACAAUAAUCAAGCGGGACAUAGGACCAGAGGAACACCGAACGCGUGAAUACGUUCCCGUCACAUUUCAUUGCUUAGUACGUGAUAUCAAUGUGACGGACCCUGAGAUUACAUGGACCAAAGACGGUGCGCCGGUUUUGUUAUCCGCCGAUGGGGAUUACUUUUUGAUACAUGAUCAAGGACAGGGUUUGACUGUGGUUCGUCCGACCGCAGCGGAGGAUGGAACUUAUCGCUGCGCGGCACGAAACAGGGCUGGAGAAGACAGCCACAGCUUCAAACUAUCUGUGAUCGCUGCCCCGCGUUUCCCUUCCGACUUUAUCCGCUUCCGUGAAAAACUGGUUGUCCGGUUGGGGCAAGAAGCGGAAUUCGAAUGCCCUGUUCUGGGCUCCCCACCGCCGACUAUCACUUGGUACUACAACGGAGUGGCAUUGAACCCAUUCACGGCUUCCCCUAAAUAUGUGUUUGGUGAGGAUCAACGCGUACUACGGAUUCCGACAACCGGAAGCAAAGACGCCGGGGAAUACCAAUGUUUGGCUCGAAACGAGGCGGGCAAUGUGAGCAAACUCUACGGUUUGGAGGUGAUAAUGCCUCCGUUGGUCCGACUCGACAAGACAGAGGUAAGAGAACGAGAAGGAGCCACCUUCACUAUUCAUUGUUCCGCCGAAGGACAUCCACAACCGGCAAUAGAAUGGUCCCGAUCCACCGGUGGCCUCUUCCGCUUGGGUACCAGUGUUAACAUGGCACCUGAGGAUGAAGGUGAGCUAACUUGCAUCGCCAAAAAUGCAGCUGGGGAGGACAGGCUUACAUUCCGAGUGUCGGUGCAAGUGCCACCCAAAGUCUCCGUUCCUGUCUCUACAAUCGGCCUCGAAGACCAAUCAGUCACAAUAACAUGUGAGGUGGAAGGCCAUCCUGAGCCGGAGAUACUGUGGGAGUUCAGAGGACAACCACUGGCUACCUAUCUGGGUAACCGUGUUCGGUUCGAGUCGCCAAAACAAGUAACCAUUUACAAUCUGAAGCCCUCGGACGCUGGGAGUUACUUCUGCAUUGCACGCUCUGUUGGACAGGAAGUUGCUAUGGACUCCACCUACCUUACAGUGUUCACCAAACCCACCUUUGAACGAACUCCGAAUAAAACCACCGAGGCGUAUGAAGCACGUUGGAUUCAAUUUCGGUGUGUUGCCAACGGUCACCCGAGGCCCGAUGUUCGUUGGACCCUUAACAACGAUCCCAUUCCCAGCAACCCUAGCAAGAAUGGAAUUGGAUCACUUGUCCUCGGGCCGUUGCGCACUGACCAAUCGGGACUGUACGCUUGUGUGGCAACAAACGAUGCGGGGAAAACGGAAUAUGCAUUUGAACUUCGGGUGAAAACUCGACCCCGAGUUCAUUUGUACCAGUCAGAUGAACCAAUCAAGGUCAGCAACUCGACGCACUUACACUGCGAUGUGAGUGGGGAUGCGGAUUCAGUGAUUUGGCUCAAGGAUGGUGACGUGUUGUCCAAUUCCAGCCGGAUAAGAAUCAUGGAUGAAGGAAAAAGCUUGGUCAUUAGUAUGACGAAAGUCCGAGAUGCUGGCGUCUACCAAUGCAUAGCCACCAACCCAGUUGGGGAAGAUACUGACGAGCUACGUCUGGUGGUAGAAAGUAAGCCACAGUUGGUCACGAUGCCACGCAACAUCACAGCAGCAGUCGGCUCAGUUGUGACCCUGGAGUGUACUGCGGAGGGCGAACCCCGUCCCACCAUCACGUGGUACAAAGACAAUCAGCUGGUGCGCACGAGUGCUACGCACUCAUUGGUCAAUAAUGGGUCACUCAG